CAAAUCUGACGGCUUUUCUGAUUUGGCCAUGUCUCCGGGCCCCUGGCUGAAGUUCCUCCUGCGAUGCUUGCUUGUCACCAGGGCGCUCCGACUGACCGGCGGAGCGGCCCUCCACCCUCGCUAUGAACGGGUGGACGGUGAUGUGGAGACCCUCUGGCAGCGACCAGAAGGGCCUGUGAAAGGCCUCUUUUUCAUCGCCCACGGCUGCAAUCACCAGGCGCCCGACGUCUUCACCGAGGUCACGGAGACUGGCGAGACCUUCAAGGAAUGUGCCAGCAGCAUCUUUGGAAAGUGCUUGGGCCUUCCGGAAGAGGUGGCCUUGCGGCAUUACGCUCUCUCUCGGGGAUAUGUGGUGAUGGCCGUGUCAGGCGGUGAUGGGAGACAGAGCUGCUGGUCAGCAGGAGACCUGGAGCGUGUAGCGGCGGCUGUGGCGCACGUGCGGAAGGAGGAGAAGCUGUCGGAGAUGCCUUUGCUGGCGAUGGGCGCAUCCUCUGGGGGCGCCUUCGUGGGGCUGCUACCCAGUCUGGAUGCUUCCAGUGGGAUCGGCAAACUGGCAUGCAUCGUGCCGGAGAUCAUGGGAGUGAACACAGACGUCAAUGAACAUGUUCCCACGCUCUUCAUCCAUAUGCCGAGGAUGGUGCCAAACAUAGCCAACGUUCUCAAGGACCUCACCGUGCGGAAGGUGCGCACCGGCGAGCUCCGUGCCGAGCCACAGAAGGUCUCCGCGCAGUUCCUCACGAAAUGUUUGAAAGAGGACCAGGCCCAACGGUUGUCCAAAGCCUUCCAGGAGCAGCACCUGGUGGAUUCGCAGGGCUUCCUCCGGGAAGAUCCCAGGCACCGCCGCUGGAUCGCCACUGCGGAGUCCGUGCUGGGCUUCGAUGCUCCGGAUUCGCUGGUGGCGGAUGAGAGCUGUUUGGCCGAAGUGAUGAACGUGGCUUGGGCCAAGCAUGAGUUCACAGCUCAGUUCGCUGAAGAGAUCUUUGACUUCUGCGAAGGAAAGGAGUUAAAGCUUGCACAGAUGGCCCCUGGCUGGAAGACCGAGUUGGGACCAAUUGAGGUCUUUGAAUUUGGUCCCAAGCAGGGGCCAUUGGCCGUGGCCAUCCACGGCAUGGCCAAGAGCAUGCUUCAUGAAUGGGACCACACGGCCAAAGCUUUGGCAGAGGAGGGCUAUCAUGUCUUGCUUCCCAACUUCCAUUCGAUGUCGAACGGUCUCACGCCCGGGACGAUCUCCAGCGACUCUGUGAGUAUCGUGGUGAAAGACUUGAUGCGGCAGAGCAGUAACAAUGGCAUCAGUAUGCUGCUGGGGAAAUCUUGGGGAGGCGGCAUGGCAUCGAAGAUCUCCCAAGACACGGCCUUGAAGGUGCAGAAGAUGGUCUUAGUGGCGCCAGCUGAGCUGAAUCCAUGGCCUGAGACUUGCGCUGUGGCACUCUUUUGGGCAGAGGAUGAUGCAGUGGUGCCGAUCCGGAAGGCGGAAACGCAUCCAGAGCUGCAGCAGAAGCUCACACUCUUCCACAAGGAGAAAACAGGUGGCCACCGAGUGCUGGACGCCUAUGUUCCACUCAUCCGCCACUUCUCACACCAGCGAGCAGAGGCUCACAAGGUCGAGCUGCUGCAAAAGGAGGAGUCUGCCAAGAGGAGCGCCUGGAAUGGCCUCCACACGAGCUUCAAGGUCAGUUUGAUCGGUUUGCUGGGCCUUGCGGUGCCUGGCUAUUUCCUCUACAGGCGAAGAGGUGAGAAGGAUGCGCGUGGAAAGCGUUUGGAUGCAGCGAAGGAGUAGGUGCAAACUCGUUGGGAACGGACAGGUCAACGACCAACGGCGUACCUCAAUAAAGUUGCUCCAGUUAUGACCAGCCAAAAAUACUGAGUUGGACCAUGUUGGAUCUACUUGUUGAUUGUUUUUUGGCUGUUUGUUUAAAAACAGUAUGCAUGUGUAUUGUUUUGGAGGCAAAUGAUGUAGUCAUAGAUCAAC